UUCCUUUUUCUUAUCUUAUGCGCCAAAUUUCGAAUAAUCCCGUAUUCUCGAUUUAUUUGCCGCGCUUUGGCAGUAGUUCUGGUUACUUUGUUCUGAAGUUCAUAAGUCUUUAAUACAUUUCAAAUACAAUUUAUUAUUAUAGCUAUUUCUAAUAUUUUAAGUAUUUAAGUACCGUAAAGAUGAAACAAGUUUUAAGGAUUGCCAAGCUUUCAAAUAAUGCAAAAAUUCCAACUAAAGGCUCUAAAUUGGCCGCAGGUUAUGAUCUAUAUAGCGCUUAUGAUUAUGUUGUACCACCCAAAGGAAAAGUUCUUGCUAUGACUGAUAUUCAAAUUCAGGUUCCUCCUGGUCAUUAUGGUAGAGUUGCACCAAGAUCUGGCUUAGCUGUAAAAAAUUUUAUUGAUGUUGGAGCUGGUGUUGUGGAUGAAGACUAUAGAGGAAACCUUGGUGUUGUAUUGUUUAACUUUGGAUCUGAAGAAUUUAAAGUAAAUAAAGGAGAUCGCAUUGCCCAGUUGAUAUGCGAAAAGAUUUCUUAUCCUGAAUUGGAAGAAGUUGAAGCUUUAAAUGAUACUGAAAGAGGUGAUGGAGGCUUUGGAUCUACUGGCAAAAACUAAUUCCAUUUCUUUUUCUUUUUAAUGUCUAAUUUAUUUUAGUGCAUUUAUUUUUAAAUGAGUUUGUACAUAAGAAAUGAAUAAAAGCUGUCCGAAAUUCA